CUAGGCUUUGCUUAUUUAGCUGGAGGUUGAAUUAGGCAGAGACCAGGCACAAUAGAAAAGCUGGUGCCUUCCUCCUUCCCUCCCCCCUCUUCGUCUCUCUCUCUCUUCCUCUCUCUCUCUUACACUCUCUCUCUUACAAACACACACACACUCUCUCUCUCUUACUCUCUAUCUCUCUCUCUUUUGAAGUAGCAUCCUGACCAGUUAGGAGUUAGAAAGCUCUUUUAUUUUCUUGACUCUGGGGCUACAUAAGCUCUUGAUUUAUGUCAGGAAGGAGAUGCCAGCCCAUGACAUGGACUGUGAUGUCUCUUCUCUAGUUGCCUGUGUAGUGGAUAUAGAGGUAUUUACCAACCAAGAUGUUAAGGAGAAAUUUGAGAGCUUGUUCCGUGCUUAUGAUGACUGUGUGACAUUUCAACUGUUUAAAAGUUUUCGACGGAUAAAAAUUGACUUCAACAACGCCAAAUCAGCUGCUAAUGCUAGAACGGAACUUCAUGAAACACAGUUCCAAGGGAAGAAACUAAAGCUUUACUUUGCAAAGGUCCAGACUCUGGAGAAUGAUGGAGAGGCCUUCCAUUUGGCUCCACCCCAGCCAUCCAAGCAAUUCCUCAUCUCACCUCCAGCCUCUCCUCCUGUAGAUUGGCAAUCAAAGACUGAUGAUACACCAGUCAUCAAUUAUGACCUCCUGUAUGCUGUUUCUAAACUGGGACCAGGUGAGAAAUAUGAACUACAUGCAGGUACUGACUCCACCCCAAGUGUAGUUGUGCACAUCUGUGACAGCCAUGCAACAGAAGAGGAGGCCCCAAACAAUAUACCAAAGCCACAGAUUAUGCAGACUCGACGUCCUAGCCUACCAUCCUCCAUGUGUAGUUGAUUUGCCCCAAGAACAUAUCUUCUUUUCUUUUCUCCUAGUAGAAGUCAGCCAUGUCUUUCUGUGUAAUCCAGUAUUCAGUUUCUUAGCAUAUUCCUUGUGUGGUAAUGGAGCCUAAGCAACAACAGGGUUCAGAACGUGCUCUUUGUAACCAUUUUUAUGUCACAUUCCUGUAGAACAGAAGGAGAAGAGGAGAUUAGAGGUGGAGGGAUUUCCCAAACUUCUUAAGGCUGAAACCUGGGAUAAAGUCAGCAAGCUUUUCUUUUAAGGAAACAUAUAUCAGAUUUCAGUGCACAAAGUAAGAUUCUUUAAAUGCUAUUCAUUAAAUGGAAGUAAUAAACUUGGAUGUGUUGUUCUGAUCAACAGUCCCCAAAUGUUCCAAAACAUAUUUCUAUAAAGAGGUUUUUCUCCUUAUAUUUACUGUGCAGCAUAGCUUUCUUCUCUGGGCUUGUAAUACCCUAUCUGCAAGGAAAGGGUCUUGGAGAGCAGAAUUGUGGAAGGUUCUAUCUGUGAAUUCUUGAACAGCCAUUCUCAGAACAAACAGCAGAAACAAACUAGGUUCUCUGAUAUUGGAAAGUAAGAAGUCAGACCUUAGUUGUGCAUAGCCUAACUUUUUUUGUUUGUUUUAUAAAAAUUCCUUUUAAUGCACAAAUGCAACCAGUGUGAAGUAAUUCAGCUACUACCUGAAUUCAAAUUAAGGCAGUUCAGCCCUUACUGAAAUUAAAACUAUCCUAGUGAUUUCAUGGGUUUAAGAUAAAUUAUUUGAUGCGGAUCUUUAUUUCCUUUAACAAUGAAUUCAGAUAGUUGAAUGACAACCACUUUUCAGACUAAAAGAUAGGACUAUUCCAAUUAAGGUACAGGCUUCUUCAAUAUUUCAGCACAUGUUUUUACAUAUAUAGAAUUAUAUAAUUGGGUGUCAAACUCAGGUGUCACAUUGCCAUCACGUGACGUAUCGUAUCGUUUUCUCCCUUUGUGCAGCUGGGGUGGGCAUGGCCUGUACAUGAUGCAUCCAGCCCACAGGCCGCCAGUUUGACACCCCUGCUUUAAACCACCUCAGCACUCAUGUUUUGUAGCUGUGAUCAUGCCUAUCUAGCUCCCUUGCAUUGUUACUCAAGUUACAAAAAAGGUCAGUCUUUCUGUUUGCAGCUGUAUGGUUCUGAUAUUUCCAAACCCAGAUCAAAGUGCUAGUUAUAACCUCUAAAGACCAUAUCACUCAAUUCCAGAUUAUUUUAAGGACCAUUUCCUUCUGUUGGAAUCUGUCCAAUCUUUACAUUUAGAAGAAAAGGGUUGGUUACAGUCUCCCCUCAAGCUAACAAAAGAUGAACCAGAAAGUAAGUUUCUGUAGCAGGCCACUAUUCAGAACACUUUAUCCUUGGACGUGUGUCAGGUACCCUCCUGACUUAUUUUGGUAACUUGAUUAUUGAUGGUAAUGGAGGUUUGGUUUGGGGUGGUACUCUUUUGUUAUCUUUUGUUCCUGAUAUAGGUAUUGAUUUUUAUGUCUGUAAAUCAACUGAUUGACAAUGAAGAUACUAAGGUGGUUGAUAGGUUCUACCUUUUAGGAUCAACCAUCAAUAGUAAAAGAAAUAUAUUGCAGACUAACACUUGGUAGAGCAGCCAUGAAGGCCUUGGAAAAUGUAUUUAAAUGCUUGAUGUGUGCAUGCCUACAAAGAUCAGAAUUGUUCCAGCCACAAUAUUCCCUAGUGACAUCUUGGAAAGCAAAAGGUGGACUUUGAAAAAGUCAGGUAGAAAGUCUAUUGAUGUUUUUGAACUUUAAUGUCAGAGAAGACUCCUGAGAAUACUACAAACAACAUAAAAAGCCCCAAUCAAUGUAUCAUCAAACAAAUCAACCCAGAUUUCCUACCUGAAGCACAAAAGAGACUCAAACAAUCAUACUUAGGCCACAUUAUGCAAAAGACAAUGACGACCAGCAGCAAGCUUAAUCUGAAAGACAAGAUUAAGCACAGAUAAUCACAGGGAAAAAAACCUAUGGUUGUCAAUUUGACACCAAAUUAAUGGCACAUUAUCAGCCAAAUCAUCUGGACUCUGAGGAAUUGGAUGGUAGAGCAAUGUUCAUAAAUAUUUUGAUUAUGGGGGAAUACUAAGAAUUACAUUUUUUUUUCUUUGUACAGGGAAGUGAACAGACAUAUAUAUUGCUGAAGGUCUGCAAUAAUCUGUGGUGGAUACAAAGGGAAUAGCAUAUUCUAUAACCCAAUUUAUUAGCUGGAAAGAGCAUUGAGAGCGUGUGUCCUGCCUGCUCGUUUUUUCCAGUCUGCUGGGUGAAGAUGGCAAUAUGUAUCUCCUGUCCGCAAACUCAUGCUCCCUCAAUCUUAUGCCAGAGUUGUCAGCUCUGGGCUUGGCAGUUGGAAAGGCCUGAGGGGGAUGUACAAAAUCUAUUAUUUCUUCCUAUUCCUCAGAUUUACCCAUCUUGGAGAGGUCAAGCUCAGGAUUGCAAGGCUUCUGUGCAAGGUUAUUUAUAUUGAUUAGUUGUAUAUUGUCAUAAAUGGUUGAAUGUCUUCUGUUGCAAGAUUGCCUUGAUUUUUUCUGUAUGCUUAGUUUUCACUGCUUUACUAACUAUAGCAACUACUACUUGGUAAGGAUUCAAUUUUGUUAGAGGUAAUGUCUAUCAUUCAGAUCUGCAAAAACAUCAGGUUUCCAGAUAGAGACCAUGAGCAUUUAAUCUGUUUUAAGACUGUAGUAUUUUAAGAUAAACCGUAGCUAAUGUCCACUUUGAAUAAAAUACCUCCUAAGCAACUCUAAGUUUCUUAGAAUUUUGUCUCAAAUAAAUGCUACAAAUAAAAUGUGCUGUAAAUUCAA